UUGUGACAGCAAACCCAACCAAACCAAUCAAGCAAGACAAAAAGGAAGUUUUCAAAAUCGGAAAUACUAAUUAUUUAUGUUGUUCCAACAAAAGGAAUAAGAAAUAUAUUGUGUUUGUGUAAGGUUUUCUACGGAGUUUCGGGUCCUAUCUAACGGAACUCGAUUAAGUUGUAGGGAACAAAGUAAAACCUAGUUAUUUAUCCUUUAUAAGACAUGGUUGGGAUAGAAGCCGACAUGAACCACGAUGACGACUGCGACAACAUUGGACUCGGCUGUGCAUUGGAGCACUUUUCUGAGUUUGAAGAGGUGUUAAACAUGAUCGAUAAUUUAAAAAAUAUUUACAACACUCCUUCCUUGGAGGUCGAAUACGAUAAAUUAAAUGGUAUACUAAAACAGUACUAUGAGCAGCCACAUCUGCUCGAUCCGCACUUAGAUAAGAUUUUAGGGAAGGUUAUUGCCAUUAUCAAGGAUAAGGAAUCUCCUCUUGAAUUAAAACAUGCUACAUUCAAUUAUAUGUACCAGAUUAUAAGAGUAAGAGGAUACAAAGUGGUUGUGAGACAUCUCCCCCAUGAGGUUUCCGACUUGCUGUAUGUUCUCACCUUCCUGGAAGCUGAAGACCCUAACAAUAAGGAGACAUGGCGCAGCAGAUUUGUGCUGCUCUUGUGGCUGUCUAUUGUUGUCAUUAUCCCAUUCCACAUGAGUCGACUCGAUGGGUUUGCACCUGGCCAACCUGAUGCUGGCACAUCAAAGAAGCUGACAGUAAUGGAGAGAAUCCUUAAUAUUUGCAAGACUUAUUCUAUGACCAAAGAUUGCUCGGCAGAAGCUUGUGCUUACCUGUCAUCCAAAUUCCUUGUCAGGUCAGAUGUAAAAGAGCUAUACAUGGGGGAAUUCUUCGACUGGGCCUGCAAACUACAUUCCAACAUCCAAGAUGAGGAUAACAUCCACUACGGAGUAUUAGCGGCAGUGGCAGCAGUACUGAAGCAUGGAAAGAGAGAUGACCUCUUGCCUUAUGCGUCUAAACUACUUGAUUGGGUGACAAGGCAGAAUUAUCAGCAGCACAAGUUCAUGCUUGUCCGGAAAUAUGGUGUCAAGAUUGUGCAAAGAGUUGGGUUGACAUUCCUACGGCCACGCGUAGCGUCGUGGCGUUACACCCGCGGCUCGCGGUCACUCGUCGUGACCUUGGGUGCUGCGGCGGCGGCGGCGGGCGACACCGAACCACUGCCUAUUCCUGAGGAUGACGAUGAGGACAUACCACAGGAGGUAGAAGACAUGGUGGAACUCCUCCUCAACUCGCUUCGCGACGAUGACACGGUGGUCCGCUGGUCAGCCGCCAAAGGCAUCGGCCGCAUCGGCGCGCGGCUGCCCGCACCCGCCGCCGCCGACGUGUGCGAGUGCGUUCUAUCGCUGUUCACGCAUAACGAGCGCGAGACCGCGUGGCAUGGCGGUUGUAUGGCGCUAGCUGAACUAGCACGUCGCGGUCUCCUCUCACCCGUCCAGCUAGGCGCGGCUAUAGCCGCUAUCGUGUCCGCACUCCGCCGCGACGAGCCGCGCGCGGCGGGCGGCGGCGGCGGCGGGCGCGCGGCGCGCGACGCGGCCUGCCACGCCGCCUGGGCCGUGGCGCGCGCGUACGACAAGACACAACUCGCUCCACACGCCACACUGCUGGCCAAUGCGCUUAUAGCCACGGCGUGCUUCGAUCGAGAGAUAAACUGCCGCCGCGCGGCUUCGGCGGCCUACCAAGAGAACGUCGGCCGUCACGGCAUGUUCCCGCACGGCAUCGCCGUCCUCACUACAGCUGACUUCCUAUCUGUCGGUGUCCGGAACAACACGUACUUAGUGGUGGCGCCACAGGUCGCCCGCUUUGAAGAAUACACGCGCCCGUUGGUCGAUCACCUCGUCGAGCUGAAGGUGGAGCAUUGGGACUGCGCGGUCAGAGAACUGGCCGCUAAAGCGCUCAAUCGGCUCACUGAAAAGAUUCCGGAGUAUGUCGCGACGGUCGUGUUACCCCAACUGGUGAAGAAAACUGACUCCAUCGACUUGAACGUUCGCCAUGGAGCUAUUCUUGCUAUUGGUGAAGCCUAUCAUGCUCUGUCGCAAGCACAGCUAGCUAAUGGUAACUUCGCUUCCACCCUGAUUUCAUCCCAAGUGGAGGAGGACAUACGAGACUUGGUAGCCAGGUUGCGUUUGAAACAACAGUUCCGAGGGUUGGGAGGCGAGCUGAUGCGGCAGGCGUGCUGCCACUGCAUCGGGCAGUUGGCGUUAGCUGGCGCUCCUUACCAUGCCCAUGAGACUAUUGACGAAUGGCUGAAUCUAAUCGAAGAGUGCCUCGCCCACGAAGUCCAAAACAUCCGAGAGAAGGCCAUUGCUGCGUUCCCGCUCGUAUUCGACCAGUACCUGCGCGACGACAACAUGGUGUAUGGUGACAUGACUGCGAAGCAGAAGCGAGUGAUGUUGAUGCAGCGGUAUUGUGAGCAGUUGGCCAAUACUGGUGUUAGUGGACUCGUGCUGCGGAUGGGUUAUGCGAGGGCUCUUGGAACUCUUCCUAAAUUCGUCCUCUCAGAAUACCUGCCCUACAUCAUUCAAUCUUUAAUAGACUGCACCAAAGUGACCGAUACCACACAGAAAUGGGCCGAGGCGCGUCGAGACGCAGUCGUCGGACUCACUUCAGUGUGCCAGACCAUGGGAAUUGUGGGUGGUGUAGAGAAAUAUGUGGCGAUUAUUGUAGAGGGUCUGUUGCACUGUCUGUCGGAGUAUACUAUCGAUAUGAGGGGUGAUAUUGGAGCGUGGGUCCGGGAAGCUAGCAUGACCGGUUUGCUGUCGAUCUGUCGCCAAUGCGCUGUGGAGGCUCCCCAGCUAAACUCGCCGGACGUAGUGAGCGCAGUUGCGUGCGGAGUGGCACAACAAUCCGUCGAGAAGAUCGAUCGUACACGCGCGCAUGCUGGACGGAUAUUCACGUCGCUCAUAUACAAUGACCCGCCUAUCACAAACAUUCCACACCACGAUGCUCUAAAACGCAUCUUCCCACCCGAAGAGAUCGAACUAAAACCUCAGACCCAGAACGAAGAAGUACCAACCAGUGAAAACACAAAUGUUGUUCUAUGGUUGUUCCCUGGGCAUACUAUGCCGAAGUUCGUUCAGCUGUUGAACUACCCGGCAUAUAGGUAUAGCGUGAUAAAGGGAUUGGUUGUUAGCGCUGGAGAGCUGACUGAGAGCUUGGUGAAACACACGACACAGUCUCUCUUCGCAUAUUUAAACACGUUACACACUGAUAUAGAAAUGCUGAAAUCGAUCUGUGACACAAUAAUCAAAGUUUUCGCUGAUAAUAUCAACGUGAAACGAAUCACCACGGCGAUAUUCAACUUUUUGGACAGACUAUUGAGUUCGGGUGCUGUUUCGCCAAUACUAGACGACCCCGAAUCUACGUUUGCUUCUGAUAUCCUCAAGUACCUGUUAAUAGAGCUACGAGGCGCGAAAAAUAUCUACAAGCUGCUAGAUUCAAUCAAUGUCCUUUGUCAGUUGAUACAGGUUGGAGGCAUAGUAUGCAGGAAGUCUCUAGGCCAGCUCGUGAUCUACUUGUGUUACGCCGACCGCUACGUGCGACGCUGCGCCUCGGCGCGUCUCUAUGAAGCGCUCACCCUGUAUGGGGACGAGAGCUCCGUGCCUGACGACAAUAUUGAAAAGGUAAUGACGAUUCUUGAACAAACUGACUGGGAAAAAGACGUCACAGAACUGAGACCAAUAAGAAACGAGCUCUGCGAUCUCAUGGGCAUCAAGCGACCAGUUAUGAAGCAAAAAGCACCUUAAACUUACUCAGUAAGGACUUACUUCGUGUAACACUUUCGCUAAGCAAUAACAGGCGUUUUGGUUAAUCCAAAGUGGUGCUUUAGUUGCAGCCUAGUGCCUUUACGUGAUGCAUUUUUUUUCUCGCAUAUUAAUUGUGGUAACAAUUGCUUUAGCUGAACUGUCUUAAAAGCUUGUCAGGCCUGAAUAAGGAAGAUUGAACCACUGUUUGUUUUUUUAACUGGUAAAACCUUACCUAAUGCCAUAAUAAAUUAUACUUAUUCACCCGAUCAAUAUAAUGGAUCAACUUUUUUUAGCCUAACUGUUUACUGAUAUACAUUUUGAUCAUCAUAAAGCUUGAACACGCCAAAACGUGGGCACAGAUUUUUGAACAUUUGAACUGACCGCGCAACAGAGCGCCCCUAGCGGUGAAUUCUCGCGAUAUUCUCUAAUUCAAACUUUUUUGAAAAUAUCGAUAUGAACAGCACUGGCCAAACUGUGGUAUUAUUUGUGCACAUUCGGUCAGGUCAGGUCAAAGUAGCAUUUCGGUACCGUUUUUUAUGGAAAGCACCACAUGAUCACCGAUCAGCCGUCAUGGAAAAUGACAUGUCGGACGCCUCGGCCGUGCCCGGUUUAGCGUGAGUCAUCCUUCAACUAUAAUAUUUUCAACUAUAUUCAAUAUAUAUUUCGCUCCAGGAGACCUUUAUUUUCUAUUUAUUUUUAAUUUUAUGUGCCCACGUUUUGGCGUGUUCAAGCUUUAGAUACCAUGUAGUUUUGUAUAUGAUGACUUUCUCAAAUUAAAUGUUCUUCAUUUUUUUAUAUACUUACGUGCGACUCAUCUGGAGAUUAUUUUAAUAAACUAUGUAACACAAACCAAGCAUAAAAUAAAAUAUUUAUUUAACUUA